UGAGGCUGAAAAGCACCAAUUUUUUGAGUUUGGUACUAAAUUUGCAAAUUUUCUUUUUCCAUCGUGGAUCCUUUGCUUUUGCCUCCAACCAAAAGAAUGGUAUUUUAAGAAAACCCGGCAGUUGGAUGAAAGACGGAGAAAAACUGGAAAUGGCUAUCCUAAGAUCACCUUGUCCGCUCAACUCAAAAGUCCACCCUGUCGUCACCACCACCACCGCCCUGAUCGGCACCCAUUGUCACCGCCAACUACCUCCACCAUUUUUGUCACUGUCCAUCUCUUCGAAACUUUAUAACCACCAGCAAACACCACAACCAACCACAAAGGAAUCAGCACCACAAAAAAUAAGAAUUGACAAGUCAUUCCUAGAUGUCUCUGAAGCCACUUCGGACACUGAGCUCUGGGCUGCAGCCUGUCUCCGCGUCCGAACUUUCUAUGACUUCCAAGACCAGGACUUUGGCAUUCAAGAUCAUAAAAGGUACUUGGCCGAACAUGAAUACAAGGCGCUUAAGGAACGCAUAGCAGGGACACGGUUGGGCUUUAAAAAGGUCUCUUGUAUUAAUGCUACAUUACCAUGGUCACAAGUAGCAACCAUCUCAGAUGAUUUAUGCAAGUCUUGCAAGUUUUCAAAAGGUCAAGAGGAACGAGUGGUUGUUGGUACCUUAGACCUUAACCAGUGUAUCAGGCUUCCAGAUGAAAUAACAGGAAUGAAGCCAAAGGGAAUUGGAGCUGAUUUUGCUAGGGCAUACCUGACCAAUGUAUGUGUUGCCAAGGAACUACAAAGAAAUGGCUUGGGUUAUGAUGUCAUUGCAAAAGCAAAGAUAGUUGCUAGAAAUUGGGGUAUAAGUGAUUUGUAUGUCCAUGUUGCCGUUGAUAAUGAGCCAGCAAAGAAUCUAUACCUCAAAAGUGGUUUUGUUCGGGAGAAUGAGGAACCUGCAUGGCAAGCAAGAUUUCUUGAUCGACCUAGAAGGCUUCUUCUGUGGAUAGGUCUUCCAAUCACGUUUGAGUUGUAAUGCUAUCAUUGUUCCUAUACCUUUCCCUCUUCUUCUCCAACUCCGUGUACCAUAAUAGUCGUAUACUAGCGGAGCUCUGUGACCCAUAAUUUGCUACGUAGCGAUUCUUUCCCCCUUAUUUCGGGGUACAACAGGAGGGCAACGGAAUGUGAUUGGUUUAAUUUGUACAUGUACUAUGCUCAAUUUGAAUGUAACUCAAGAUGUCAAUUCUUUC